AUCCCCCCCCCCCCUCGCCCCGUCCCUGUGCAGUUCCCACGUCUCAUGCCUUUGCCCUCCCCCCCCCUCCCCCAACCUCCCCUCUUCCUCUCCUUGGGGAGGCUGAACCCUUGCAUAGACUCGCCCUAAAAGAAUCUGAGCCGAGGGUUCCUAGAGAUGAAGAGACGGGGGAAACAGGUUUCCACUGCUCUUUGCUCGGAUUGGGGGCCGGUUGCCCUUUCGUCGUCGUCUGCGUUCCCUGAGCUGGGAGGCUCUCGCGGGAGUGGUGGCGGGUGUUCCUUAAAAGCUUGUAAGCAUUGUCUGAAGGGCGGUGGUGAGAGCAGGCAGUCCGAGAGGGCUCUCUAUUCUUUCUCACACCAGGGCUCCAAGAACACUGUGUCCAAGGGUGUGGUUUUCCUCCUUGAAGAUAACCUUGAAGAUACCCUACAAACGUUCUUAUUUUCCAUAUUAACCCAUUAUAGGAGGGGUAUAAUGCGAUUGUUCAAAUCUUUCUUAGAAAAGUUGUUAUUUUCAGUGGUAUUAUCUAAAGAUGUUUAGGUAGUAAGUUCCAUAAAUUAACAACACAGGGGGGGGGAAGCUGGUUGUUGUCCUAUUUGUGCAGAACUUUCCUUUUUCAAGUGCCAAGGAGUAUUAGCAAGCUCUGUUAAAGUGGGAUUUGGUGGAAACAUCUAAAUUCUGUCCACGUCUUCCCUAUUUUCUCUGCUUUUCUUGCAUUCCCUCAGUGUGUUUGGAAGAGAAGGAAGAGCAUUUAGGCUUAUGAAUUUGAUAUCCCAAACCCCUUGUGUGGCCUUGGGCAAGUCUUUCCUACUCCUCCAUUUCUUCAUCUGGAAAACAGCUUUAGCGUAAAGCCUAAGUGAGCUAAUAGAACAGGCAUCAAGUGGAAGCCUAAUAGGGCAGCCCCGUGAGACUGCCACACUCAUACUUCCUUAGUGUAUCAGUCAUCUAGCUCUAGAGUAUGCUGUGUAACAAACUACCCCAAAACCCAGUGCCUUAAAAUAUUAAUCAUUUAUUUUUGCUUGUUCAUCUACAGGUCAGUCAGCUGCUGCUGGUUUGGACCAGGCUGGGCUUGGUUGCAGGUUGCCAGCUGAAUCUAGGUCUGCAGGACCAGGAACUAGCUGGUGCUUAUUCUUCUCAAGGUCCUGGGAGUUUACUCCAUGCAUCCGGGAGAUAGGAAAAGAGGAAACAAAUACAAGACUGCACUGGAGUUUUUAUGGACCAGUCUUAGAGUUGUGAAACAUCCUCCUUUUGGGUACCAGUUUUGCCAGCCUGGAGAAUAGCUGCACGAGUCUCGCACAAAGGAGCCAGCUGCCAUGUUGUGAGCAGUUCUACGGAGAGGACCACGAAGUGAGGGAGCGCCAGUCUGUGGCCAACAGCCAGUGAGGAGCUGAGACGAUCAACAAGCGAGUUUGGAAUCAAGUCCUCCGGCCCCAGCUACCAGAAUUUCGGCGCUAGCUUUUGGAGCCACAGACUGGAACAGGAAAAGGAGUGAGAAAAUGGGCGCUCGGUACUACUGGAAAUCCUGGUUUUAUAAGAAUCUGUGAGAGAAAAGGUUUGAGUGACAGAAGCGCUGAGGAGGAAGCCAGAAGCCAGCUGAACGGUGACCAGAGGCUAGCUCCGUCACUCUCCUCCGUUCAUCCUGACAUGCUGUUACGUGCUUUCUGUCAGAAAUCAUUCACACAAGCAGCGAUUUUGCACCAGGCUCCCAGGAGCAAGCAGAGUGAAUUGAAUUCCUUCCUGUGGACCAUAAAGCGAGAUCCGCCAUCUUACUUCUUUGGCACGAUCCACGUUCCAUACACCCGGGUUUGGGACUUUAUCCCGGACAACUCCAAGGAGGCUUUUCAGCAGAGCAGCAUUGUGUACUUUGAGCUGGACCUCACGGACCCCUACACUAUCUCGGCCCUCACCAGCUGUCAGAUGCUGCCGCAGGGCGAGAACCUCCAGGACGUGCUCCCCAGGGACAUCUACUGCCGCCUCAAGCGCCACCUAGAGUACGUCAAGCUCAUGAUGCCCUCGUGGAUGACCCCAGACCAGCGUGGCAAGGGGCUCUAUGCGGACUACCUCUUCAACGCCAUCGCGGGGAACUGGGAGCGGAAGAGGCCCGUCUGGGUGAUGCUCAUGGUCAACUCCCUGACCGAAGUGGACAUUAAGUCCCGUGGGGUGCCUGUCUUAGACCUGUACCUUGCCCAGGAGGCUGAGCGGCUGAGGAAACAGACUGGGGCCGUGGAAAAGGUGGAAGAGCAGUGCCAUCCACUGAAUGGGCUGAACUUUUCACAGGUCAUCUUUGCUUUGAACCAGACCCUCCUGCAGCAGGAGAGCCUUCGAGCAGGCAGCCUUCAGAUCCCCUACACGACAGAGGAUCUCAUCAAACACUAUAACUGUGGGGACCUCAGCUCCAUCAUCUUCAGCCAUGACAGCUCCCAGGUUCCCAAUUUUAUUAACGCCACGCUGCCACCGCAGGAGCGCGUCACCGCCCAGGAGAUCGACAGCUACUUCCGCCAGGAGCUCAUCUACAAGCGGAAUGAGAGAAUGGGGAAGCGGGUGAAGGCCCUUUUGGAAGAGUUCCCGGACAAAGGCUUUUUCUUUGCCUUUGGAGCUGGUCAUUUCAUGGGCAACAAUACAGUGCUUGAUGUCUUGCGGCGCGAAGGCUAUGAGGUAGAACACGCCCCCGCUGGACGACCCAUCAACAAGGAGACGAGUAGAAGUCCCUUGUCGGGGCCCGCCUCCUCUGCCAUCUUUGUUCCGGAAGUGCCUGCCUCAGAAGCGCGGGUACCGGAAGCUGGGUCUGCGGUGCGCUCGCUGUGGCCUCCCCACGUGUCCCUGCCUGGAAGUGCCCACCUGGGAGGCGGAGCGGAGCGGAGGUUUCGGAAGAAACGGAGGCGGCAGCGGCCACAGCGAAAGCAGCGGCUUCGGCAGUUCAGCGAUCUGUGGGUCCGACUGGAGGAGAGUGCUGAGGUCCCACAGCUCCAGGUCCCUGUUCUGGAUAGGCACAUCUCUGCCGAGCUGCAGCUCCCUCGCCAUGGGCAUUCCCGCCACAGUCAGAUGGUAGCCAGCAGUGCCUGUCUGUCUCUCUGGACUCCUGUGUUCUGGGUGCUGGUGCUGGCUUUCCAAACAGAGACACCCCUCCUGCAAUGACGGGAGGAGCCAGGCCAGGCCCCUGACCCCUUGGACUUGAAGGAUGGCCAUUCCUGUACUCCACACCCUGUUCUGGCCUUGAUAGGCCCAACCCAGGAAAAGAGAGAAUAAAAGUUGAUUCUUCUCUUUCCAAGGAACGACUCUGGGUUAUCCAGCAGUGCUGGGGGUAGGUGUACAGUUUUGUAACAUAAUGACUUGUAUGAAAAUAAUUGUAAAUGAAUUAUAUGGAAAUAAUUAAAUGUCUUUUCUUUGUA